AGAUUCAGAGCGGUUUGAAGCAAUUUAGAGCGAUUUGAAUGAUUGUUGCAAACCGUCGAUAAUCAAUACCAAUCGCAAAAGCUGCGUUUGCGGGUGGUAGCGGAAAAACCAGUCGUCCCAAAAUCAGGAUGCGAGCCAAUUAAACCUUAUCCUAGUCGUUAUUCAGAAACCGUACAAAAACCGGUAUACGCAAACAAAAUUCGGUUGGACAUCGAUUACAUUCGGUCCAAUAAAUAAAUUUCGGCUAGGUUAUUUUAAUUUUCGUACCAAAGAUAAACACAAACCGCUUCAGUCCUCAGUCACUACCCCCAUUAAAUCGAGAGUCCCCCCAUUCAUUUAUCUUCCUUCUGCUUCCGUUUGACGGAGAUGACGAGUAUCACCGACGCGGUGGUUCCGUACUUUUCACCGGAGAAAACAAGUUUGUCGUUGUCGUAUUCCGCCGAGAGCGGUUCGAGACCUGUAGAUGCAGUUAUCUUCGCGGGAGUUUCGCUGGUUCUCGGCACAGCCUGCAGACAACUGUUUAACGGCACCAGAGUUCCGUAUACCGUCGUUCUCCUCGUCAUCGGCAUCGUUCUCGGAUCUCUAGGUUUUCAUUAGAGUACGGGACUAAUCACAGCCUUGGGAAGAUGGGCCAUGGUAUUCGUAUCUGGAACGAUAUUAACCCUGACCUACUUUUGGCUGUUUUUCUCCCUCCUCUUCUUUUUGAGAGCUCAUUCUCCAUGGAUGUUCACCAGAUCAAGAGAUGUCUUGGACAAAUGGUUCUGCUUGCUGGCCCUGGAGUUUUGAUUUCCACGUUUUGGAUUGGUUCUCUCUUGAAGCUUACUUUUCCAUAUAACUGGGAUUGGAAAACAUCAUUGUUGCUUGGAGCACUUUUAGGUGCUACCGACCCUGUGGCUGUUGUUGCUUUGCUGAAGGAGCUUGGUGCUAGUAAGAAGAUGACCACUAUAAUUGACGGGGAGUCCUUGAUGAAUGACGGGGUGUCAGUUGUGGUCUUCCAGUUAUUCUUGAAGAUGGUGAUGGGGAGUACCUCUGAUUGGAGUUUCAUAAUCAAAUUUCUUACUCAAAACUCGUUUGGAGCUGUAGGCAUUGGUGUAGCUUUGGGCAUUGCAUCAGUUUUUUGGCUUAGAUUCGUGUUUAAUGACAUAGUGGUUCAGAUCACUGUAACGCUUUCAGUUAGCUAUUUCGCGUAUUACACUGCUCAAGAGUGGGCUGGGGUUUCUGGAAUUUUGACUGUGAUGACUUUGGGGAUGUUUUUCGCUGCAUUUGCAAGGACAGCAUUUAAGGGUGAGAACCACCAGAGUUUGCAUCACUUCUGGGAAAUGGUCGCUUAUAUUGCAAACACAUUAGUUUUUAUACUCAGUGGUGUUAUUAUUGCUGUAGGCGACUUUAGCAGUCGGAAAAUAUCUUACGAAGGAGCCUCGUGGGGCUUUCUUUUCCUCUUAUACUUGUAUGUCCAACUAUCCCGAUGUGUAAUGGUUGGAGUUUUGUACCCAUUGCUACGUCGUUUUGGCUAUGGCUUAGAUUGGAAGGAAUCCAUCAUACUCACGUGGUCUGGAUUAAGGGGUGCUGUGUCCCUAUCACUCGCUCUAUCUGUAAAACAAUCAAGUGGCAAUUCGUAUAUUAGUUCGGAGACGGGAACAAGGGUGAGGUUUAAAUUUUAUUUUUAUUUUUGGGAUUAUUUUUUUUUGGGUUAUCUUGAGGUUGCAGCUGUUUUGCAGUUUCUGUUCUUUACUGGUGGGAUUGUGUUCCUAACUUUGGUUGUUAAUGGAUCCACUACCCAAUUCCUCUUGCACCUUCUUCGCAUGGACACUUUAACGGGCACCAAGAAAAGAAUACUGGAGUAUACAAAGUUUCAAAUGAUGAACACCGCCUUCAAAGCUUUUGAAAACCUUGGAGAUGACGAGGAGCUUGGAUCUGCUGACUGGCAUACAGUUAUAGGACAUAUUCCAAGUUUGAAAAAUUUACAAGGGGAACAAGUUGAUCCUCAUGAUGGGUGUGAAGCUGGCAAUGUUGACCCAACGAAUAUAAUGGACAUACGUAUACGCUUCUUAAAUGGUGUUCAGGCAGCUUACUGGGAGAUGCUUGAUGAUGGGAGGAUUACACAAGGUACUGCCAACGUUUUGAUGCAAUCAGUAGAUGAGGCACUCGACCUUGUUUCUACAGAGUCUUUAUGCGACUGGAGAGGUUUAAAACCGUGUGUUCAUUUCCCAAAGUACUACAAGUUUCUUCAAUCAAGAAUUAUCCCCCGCAAGUUCGUCAGUUAUUUAAUCGUUGAAAGACUCGAAUCUGCUUGUUACAUUUCCUCUGCAUUUCUCCGUGCUCAUAGGAUUGCGCGACAGCAAUUGCAUGGCUUUCUAGGUGACAGUGACAUUGCUUCUGUUGUAAUCAAUGAAAGUGAGGUGGAGGGAGAAGAAGCAAAACAAUUCUUGGAAGAUGUCCGAGAUUCAUUUCCUCAGGUUUUGAGUGUUUUGAAAACAAGACAAGUAACACAUUACGUGCUGAACCAUCUAAAUGGGUAUAUCAAAAAUCUUGAGAAGGUUGGGCUUUUAGAAGGAAAAGAGGUUUCUCAUCUUCAUGAUGCUGUCCAGUCUGACUUGAAGAAGCUCCUGAGAAAUCCUCCUUCACUAAAACUUCCAAAUGCACACGAUUUGAUCACCACCAAUCCUUUAUUGAGACCUCUCUGAGCAUUAGCAAUGUUAGCUCAAGCUUCAUGGAUUUUUUGGCCAUGGACGAGACAGUCAUGAACCUUUCGUGUUCGUUUCAUGAUUUCAAUUAAGACUCUCCUUGUCAGAAUCAACUCGAGAAGACUCAGUUUCAUGAGCGGUUCAGCAACUCGUUCUUUUUACUUUUUUGAGUAGUUUAAGGAUCCGAGUUCGUAUGCGUAUAGUUUUACUUGUAGGGAAAAUACAUUUUCAAGGGGAAAUUGUAAAAUAGUUAUUGAAUAAAUUUGAGAGGCAAAAAAUAAAUAAAUAAAUUUAAGCUAUUAUGGUUUAA